CCACUGUAUUCACUGCUCCUCAAAGGUGUGUUUUUCUGCAGCACAGCGUUUUGUGCAGGCUUGUCUGUCUGGAUGUUGGCGCGAGGAGCAGCAGUCAGAGAGCGGACAGGCUAGGGGCGUGUCUAACACCGAUGCGGCUCUCCCUAUUGGUGGACAGCUAUCCUGGUUACUAACCAACACUACUGACUGGACACAUGAGAAAACACAGGAAAACUCGUUAAUUUCAAAGAUAAUGGCCAACAAAGUAUAGUUUUACAGGGACAGUAACCUUGGGUCUCUCUCAUCUGUGCUCCCUCUGCAGUGGAAAUCAAACUCAACACAGAUUACAAUGAUAUCUUUGGAGAAUCACAGAGCCUCUCCAUAAUAUGGGAUAGGAUUGUGUGAACAGCACUAUCUGCAGCCACACAAUGCAUAACGAGACGCUGUAGCCUAGUUGACUUGUAGAAACUAAGUAAGGGCUUUCUGAUUUUCUUGCUCGUCUUGCAUGAUGGUUUGUAAACACGGAAUGGCAUGAGCUGUAGGUGACUGUGUUAUGCAGACAACUGAUGCUCCUUCCAAGACACACAUCCGUCAAAUUUACCAGUGGCUUUGGGUAAAGGCCUUUUAAGACUGAAGCAGGCAGAUAUCUGAUGAUUUAAUGUGAUGAUUUCAUUUUAAUUGAGUCCAGCAGUGUCUGGACAAUAUUCGCAUUGUGAGGAUUGCUGCUGGACCCUCACUUUUUGGAUCUUGGCUUAUGUAUUUAUUAAUUUUUAUUUUUAUUUUUUUACAAUAAAACAUCUUGUCAAGUGUGGCUUUUAAACAAGAAUGGUCAGUUCAUUGCUCUCUAGUUAUAUGACAUUUUAAGUGAUGAUAGAUUGAUAGAUUUGUGACACGUACUGUCACUGCAAGGUUCUUUGAAAGGCCGAUGCUUUAUGUAUUAUGCAAAGACACAUUAUUGCAAGAUGAAGUAGCUCUUGUUCCAGUCACUGUGUAACCACUGUAGUGCUCACACCUAAUGAGUACAGGGUAGCACCACCUUUUUAAGGAGAGCAUGAAUUUCACAUGGCAUGGAUUCAUAAAUGUGUUGGGAGUGUCUCCACAGGGAUCUUGGCUCAAGUUGCAUAAAUAUGUUUUGUCUAUCUGUUAUGUAACGUUAACAUCUUGACACAUUGCAUUAGCUGCAUUUAUGUUUUAUUUACUCAAGACGACUGGAGGAGCAAGUUGUUUGCUUGCAUUUUUGUGAUGUACAGAAUACAGUGGAUAUUGAUUGUAGUCCGUGAUUGUGAGUACUAGUGCAACAAUGAGGUGUAUUGUGUAUACGAUCUGUUUUCCUCAAAUAGCUGAUGUAGACUUUUCUGACUCUGUGUGUGAGUGUGUGUGUGUGUGUGUACUAAUGCUGGUGUUCUUUAAGGAGAGUAAGAAGUGCCAAGGAGAGAAGCUAGCCUCUGCUCUGGACGACACCCUGGAUGAAUAUUUAAUCGCCCUCCAGCACAAAAACAGGAUCCUAAAGCGCCUUAAAGUCAAAGACUCCAGGGAGAUUGAGUUGGAACAGCUUGAGCAAGGUUUUUCACUUUAUCUUAACGGAGCCAAUGCUGAAGCCAAUAGGAAGCAGCCCAAGAGCUCCUGUGUCACCUCCUCACCUGCUUCGAGACCUGCACGUACAGCAGAUGCCUGUCGAAGUGCCCACCAGUUAACUGAAGACGGCCGUAAUCUGGAGCAGACCCACAGGAAGAGGAGCCACACUGCCCCAGGGAAAGUCCAGAGGAAAGAAUGGGUGCAGGAUUCUGUCAGAAUUCGAACCGAGGAAGGACCAAGUUUGCGGAUCUGUCCAGAAAAGCGCUACUCUGAGGAUUUUGAGCCAUAUGAAAGCGUAGACAUGGAGAGCUCCGGUCCACGCUCGUCUCGUAGUCCCUGCUCCCCAAGGAACAACUGCAAGGUAUCGCCCUCCUUCAGCUCCAGGCAUGAGAGCCAAGCAAAUCAGGAGCACAACGAGAAGGUACUUCUCAACCUCGAGGAAGUGAAGGUUCUGCGUCGGAGCCUGGAGGUUAGCAUGCGGCGAAGCAACCGCGGCUCGGCGGGGGAGGAGUCGGACGAGGAGUGGGUGGAAGAGCAGAUUGAGAGGGAGGAGAGCACUGAGAGUCUGGACGAACUGGGGCUGCCUCUCACGUCCUCCAAGUCUUCCUCCAACCCUCGGCCCAGUGGCUCCCAUAGCCAUUUUGACUCAGCAAACCUCAUUGUGCUGGACUUUGGACCCUCAACUAAAGGUCGUAAGAUUGAACUAUCUGCAAAAAGGAAAGAACACACUGACAUCUUUAUACCCACCAAGCCCGUGUUGGUGAAGAGCAAAACAUUAGAUAGACCCCCUUCCAAAGAACGCUGGGAUGGUCAGAGGCCAAGGAGUCGGCUGGAGAGGCCCCUGUUGGCAGCCAGAAAGGCUUCUGUUGAGGAGCGAGACCCUGAGGAGAUGGCAUGCAGGGUGCGCCAGGCCAUCCAGAGAGAACACGACCCUGUGCAGAGUCCGGAGCUCUUCAGCCGCAACACGGGCAGGGGACACCAGAUGAUGAAUGACUCAGUGCACCACAACAGCCACAACAAGGAUGAGAGCAGUGUCACUGUGGCCAUGCAGAGAAUUACGCUCAUGGGCCCCGGGCAACCACAGAAACUGCUGAAAGCCUUGAAGAAACUUGAAGCAGGACCCGGCUACAACAUACCUCAGAGUGUCAAAACCGAGUUUAACAAGCAGCCGAGGAACCUGUCCUCGGCUGAGGUCACCCCUGCAUUGUAUGUUACCAUGGAGAUCCUGUCGAACUGGGGGAGCUCUUUGCAGGUCGGGCUGACUGAGUUGCAGUUCUUCUGCCUCAGAAACAAGAAGCUGUACGUGUCUCCUCACGACCUGGACAUCAGAAACGCUGACUACCCCGGGAAUCUGGGGGCACUUGUCAAUGGAAAGGUGAAGACCACCAGUGAGCGUCACAUGUGGACGUGUCCGUUCCAACCCCCCAUCCAGCUCUACUUCGUCAUCAGGAACACCGAGUGCUCCCCAGACUUCGGAAUAUCUCUCAUCAAAAUCUGGAACUACAACAGAAGCCUCAAUGAUCUUGACAUUGGUGCACGGCAUAUAAAGCUGUACCUUAACAGCACAUUGGUGUUUGAAGGUGAGCUGGAGAAGGGCUGCGGCAACCACGUCUUUGACUACAGCACCACAAUCGACCUCCAGGAUCUCCAGGUUUCAGACUCCUUGUUUUCCAGCCCCGUGUCUUCAGGACACAAUCUACGGGGGACCAGCCCCCAGCACCAUGAGGACAGGAAGGGUGGGGAGGGCAGCAGCACCCAGCACCACCACAGUUGGAAUCAGCAGCCAUCAGACGCAGGCCAGGCUAUGAUGGACAUGCAGGAGAACCCACAUACACUGCUACCACCCAUCACUCCUUCACCAGUGGGGGUUUCCUCCUCCGCUCGUCGUCCCUCCACCCAGGGAAACUCUUUUGACCUGUCUGUCUCAGAGGAGCCUCUCUCUCUCAGGCAGCAGGUCGAGCAGCCUGCACCCAUGGAGCAGACGGUCACCACCCAGCCGUCAUCCUCACGGGUGGCCCCCCAGUGGCUGCAGCCCCUGAUCAGAGGAGCUCCAGAGGGAUGCGAGGCUAGCAGGGAGAGGCCCCUGUGGCUGGUGCCUCAGAACUCUGCGGAGCCCAAAUCUCCCUCAGCCUCGUCAUCGUCAAUGCUCCCGGAGCUGCCGUGUAACCCUGGCCGAGUGUGUAGGGUGAUCGAGAGGACAGCAAAUGGGGGUCCGUGGAAGGCUGACUCUUUGGAUCUGAGCUGCGACCUGCUGGAGGAGCUAGCAGAGCAAAAGCUGGACAGGCCCAUCAGCGGACGCAGGAGCUCAUUUCGAAACAGUGCAGUCACUGCCAGGCAGACAGAGGAGCAGCUUCAUAGAGCUACUGUACUGUUAAACACAGAGGAGCCACUGUCAUUGGUGAACCCUAGCAGGAGGCAGUACACCUCUCCGGCCCAGCUGCACAGCCAACAGGAUGACACCCUCAUGGAGUCCUGGGACUCUCUUACUAAAUUCAACCAAUUCCAGCGUGGACGCAUCUCCAACAUGGCCUUCGAAGGUGACGUCUUUGAUGAGUUCGUCCAGCGCCGGGGCCGUGGUCCACCCACAGUCCCAGUCAACCCCUCCACAGCACCCAGGAGCCCACAUUCCCCCUUCACCGCUCAGGGGGCAUUGUGUGAAGACCUUGAUGAUGAUCCAUCCAUGGAGCGGGAGGACGAGUUCGAGAUCCCUGUGCUGCCGCAGGGCCAAAGGCUGGUCCUCAACAUUCUGUCCACCUGGGGCGAUCGCCACUACGUGGGCCUCAACAGCCUCGAGGUGUUCAGUUCCAGUGGAGAGCCCCUACGACCUGCUCACAUCCGUGCUGACCCACCAGACAUCAACAUUCUCCCUGCGUACGGCAAAGAUCCUCGUGUGGUCAGCAACUUGUUUGACGGCGUUAAUCGCACCCAGGAUGACAUGCAUCUUUGGCUGGCGCCGUUCACCGCUGGUCGGAGCCACACCAUCUUCCUGGACUUUGGAGCUCCGUACCAGGUGGCCAUGAUCCGUGUGUGGAACUACAACAAGUCACGCAUUCACUCCUUCCGAGGCGUGAAGGAGGUGGAAAUGCUGCUGGAUGGAAGGUGCAUCUUCAGGGGCGAGAUUGCCAAGGCUUCUGGGACCCUGUCUGGAGAGUUGGACCAAUUUGGUGACACCAUCCUGUUCACUACCGACGAUGAGAUCCUGGAGGCUAUGUCUCGUAAUGAUGAAACCUUCCUCAGUGAAGGUGAGGGUCCCGAGAGCCUGGCGGCGGAGGAGGAGCUGCAGAGGCCACGCACCGCUGAUGGAGAGGGAGAGGAAAGGCCCUUCACACAGGCUGGCUUCCGAGAAGAAGACCUCAAAUUGAAUCUCCAGCUCAACCCCACUGUGAGUCAGUCUGAGGAGAACAUGGAGCUUAUUCCUGGGAUGUACACUGGAAAGUGCCUUAGACUAGAGCUGGUGUUGACGUGGGGGGACUCCCACUACAUGGGCCUGACAGGGUUGGAGGUGGUGGGGAAGGACGGAGAGAGUUUACCUUUAGACCUCAGCAUGAUGGCGGCCUCUCCCGGGGACCUCAACGACCUGCCUGAGUACGAAAACGACCUGCGCACGCUUGAUAAGCUUAUAGAUGGCCACAACAUUACCACUGAUGACCAGUACAUGUGGCUGAUCCCUUUCUCCUAUGGAGAGCCACACACCUUGAACAUGACAUUCAACAAGGCCCAGACUAUCGCUGGACUCCGCAUCUGGAACUACAACAAGUCCCCUGAGGACUCUUACAGAGGGGUGAAGGUGAUCCAUGUGUUCAUGGAUGAUGUUGCCAUCUCUCCUCCGGAGGGAUUCCUGAUCAGGAAAGGACCAGGCAACUGUCACUUUGACUUUGCCCAGGAGAUCCUCUUCAUCGACUUCCUGCAGACGCCCACCGACAACAAGAGUGCACAGGACUUCCACAAAGGACGCUCUAAGAAACAAGAAAAGGCCAGCAUGGACUAUGAAUCUCCCAUCAUGCCUUGUGGCUUCAUCUUUCAGCUGCAGCUGUUAACAACCUGGGGAGACCCGUACUACAUCGGCCUCAACGGCCUUGAAUUUUAUGACCAAAACCACGAGAAGAUCAGUCUCAGUGACAACAACAUCGCUGCUUUUCCAGACAGCGUGAACAUACUGGACAAUGUGAGCGGUGAUGUGAGGACUCCGGAUAAAUUAAUAGAUGGAGUCAACAGUACCCACGAUGGAAGAUGCAUGUGGUUGGCCCCGGUGCUCCCUGGGCUGGUCAACCGUGUGUACGUCAUCUUCGACCAGCCAGUGACGGUGUCCAUGAUCAAACUGUGGAACUACUCAAAGACACCACAAAGGGGAGUAAGGGAGUUUGGGCUAUUGGUGGACGACCUCCUGGUGUACAACGGCAUCUUGGACAGUGUGAGCCAUGUGGCACGAGGCAUUCUGCCUACCUGUGAUCCAGUGGUGCUCUACCACACCAUCCUGUUCACAGACAAUGCCUACAUUGCACACCGUGAGAGGAACACCGUCAUCAGCCCCCGUGGCAGCAGACACCACCAACAUAAUUAUGUGGAGGACCAGGAUGUGAAGAUGACUAAUGAGAAUCAGAUAGUCCAUCACAACAAGAAGAAGCAGACAGCAGAUCCAGCUCUUCGGCCUAAAACCUGCAUGACUGACGGUGGGAAACAUGGAAAGAGGAGGUACUGACGGACAGAGAGCAGAACUGAAACGGAGGAACUACGACUGACGGUUUGAGCCCACUUUUUAGAGGGUGACGUUUGACAACUUUAACUCACCUUAAAAACCAAAGCAGCCAUUAUUUGCAAUGGCGGCUUGUCAGUGGCUCACAUGGUCCACACUGAAGAGAACAGCUUGCACGGAUAACAAUGGGUUUGUGCGCACACGCACACACACACACACGCGCGCAGGAUUCCACUUUAUGGUUGGAUCACGCUCCUUUCCCCACCCAGACACGUUAUCCUGAACAUGUACUGUAUGGUCGCCCCUCCCACAGUGCCAGGAUAAACAUGCGAGGCUGCAUUUUAUCAGUCUAUUAUUGUGCCUAGUACUCAACACUAUAUCUGUGGUUGCUACUUGUGACUUUUGUGCUGCAUAUUUAAAUGCUGCUUGUGGUGUGCAAAUACUUAAAAGAAAAUAUCUCCAAGGCCACAUGAAGACACUCUCACAUCAGGAUGUGGCCAACGCUACUGUUAUUAAUGAAUUGUAUCCACUGAUGAGCCGAGACGAUCGGCUCUUUGCCUAAUGGGUCUGAGAACUCACUCACUCCCACCGGUACACCAACCAGUCGUAAUGCUAUGCAGACACUACUUUAUAUCUAUUAAUGGUUUGUAUCAGUUGGCUAAUACUAUUUACAAGCCUAACGGUUUUACUUGGGGAAGUGCUUCCAGAGAGCUUUUCACCUUUUUGAAAGUGGUUACACUCGUAGUUGAAAAAAGUACAGUGGUCCGAUUUUUUUUUUUUUUUUUUUUUUUUUGUACAUUUCAACUUGAAGCCGUACAAAGCUUCACACACUUGAAUCUUCGAUAUCUAUAUUUGGCUUAACAAAAUUAGGUCAGUGUGUUUUUUUCUGCUUGGCAUCAGGUAGAAAAAAAAAAGUUUGCAAUCCAAGUGACCUUUAUGGAAGUUGCUAUAGAAGGCCGAUUUUUAUGGAGGCAAACGUUUCAUGAGCCAGUAAAGCUGUUUUAGAAAUUUGGUUGGAAAUCGAAAAAAAAUCUACAUUUGCCAAUUUUGAUUUUGAGUAGAUUCAGUAACGGGCAACUUCUAAUAUGCAAAUACUAUAACCUUACCUCAAAUUGAGAAGAAUGAUCAUUAAAAAGGGAUUCAUCUGAUUCUACCUUCACUAUAUUACUUGGUAGUUGGUGUUGUACUAUUCAUUCAAUAUUUACUGUACUAACUUGUUGCAUGGGAAAGUGAGCUGUUAUCAUCUUAUAUAUCUUAUAUUUGAGUUUGGAGUAGUUUUCACUGCUUCAUUGAGCCCCAAUACAUUUCAUACCCCUUACUCACGAUGGGAGUAAUUGUAUAUGAAAUGCAGUUUUAUGUAUUUAUUUUAUAUAUUUUCAGCGUGUCCAACAGCAACAAUGGUCAUUAUUGCUCUCAGUCCUGCUCUGUAGGGUGGUGGCUAUUAUUGUAUGUGUGACAUUUAGUGUUUUGAAAUAUUUAAUAAUUUUUCUAAUCUUGUUUAAAUAUGUAUAUUUGAUGUAGGUUUAUUUCAAAUGAAUAAAAUAAAAAUGAAAAACGGAAAAAAAGGUUUGUCCUCACUUGACACCACACUGGUCUGAAUCAAGCCAACACAAAGGUAUCUAAUACUCUGUGGUGGGAUGAACGGCUCACCGUGAAGAGAAAAGACAUAGCGGACAACUGAGCCACAUAAAUGUAUCCUGAGAUAGUUUAAUGCAGAAGCUGUUGUACAUUUCAUGUAAUUGGUAAGGAAUAACUAAUCGGUUUACAGGACAGAGCAUCAGUAGAGGAAAGGUGGAGGUGAAACAUUUAGCUGCAAAGAUUACAUCCUUGCAGCUUUGGAAAUGGCAGUCUUAGAUCUUUCCUGGAAAGGUCCCCUCUUCUCUCUGGUCAUCCCAUUUCUGGAUCUAAAGGGAAACAAUUCCAGAAGGAGACUUAUUUUAGGAUGUACAGUAAGCAGUCUUUAUUUAGGUCACAAAGGUUCAGAAAAGGACAGGAACCCUAUAUUUGGGCCAUGGGCCAAGCCUAUGCAUGACACUAUACUGUGACUGAUUGGGGUGAGACCUUAAAGUACAACAUGAUUAAAGUUUCAGCCCAUUGAGAACAGUCUUCUUCCCAAUGUGAUUCAGUGUUGAUUUACCUUUUUAAGACGCCACGUACCAGAGGAAAUAACACUACAAGCAAUGCUCUUUAAUGUAUGAAAUUUGAAUGUCAGUGUGAAGACAGUUUGUGGGAAAAAGUAAUAUCUGAUGUUCAACUUUCAAAACUGUGGAAGACCUUUUUAUUAGGAUUUGGCUAAAAAGGUAACUCAAAAUAGGCCGGACCUUCCUGCCUGGGCAAUCCCCAAUUUUGGACUGAAACUCUUGUUUUGAUUCUAGGGACCAAGUGGACUCUCAGGAAUGCGAGGAACGAUAAAGUUGUUUGCUCCGUAUGUGCUGCCACUACUAUUCAACCUGCUUGUGUCUUUGUGGACAGUUAUUUCUCAUUUAAAGGAAAAAGUUGUUACCCAGGCAAUGGGGCAGAGUGAUUUGUAGACCCUCUUGUACCAUUCACAGGGGGCGUUGUCUACUCCUUUAGCGUCCAGAGUCUUCUGGCAGCGGUGAAAGUCUAUUAAAGAGAAGCAACCACAACAAUGAAUGUUAAAAAAAACAAAUCAUAGCCUCGAUCCAGGUUCCAAGGCGAAUGGUCUAUCAAGAAAUCUCAAACUGGAUUAUCAACAUGUCUAAAGACCAUAGCAGUAAUCCUGACUUGUACAUCAUUAGUUCAAAGGUAUAAUAAUACAUUUGUAUUAUAUUUUAAUAAUGGCACAGCCUGCCUUCGUGGGUUUAACUGCUUUGACCUUGACAUGCAGUCUUACCCAUGUAGUUGGACCAGCAGUUCUUGGUCUGGUUCUGGUUGGGGAAUCUGGCAUCAAAGGGAGCAGUGCGAUAUUUCUUAAGUUUGGCCUGAAUGUCCUCAGCCAUUUUCACCCCUGUAAAGAGAAUAUCAUCAAUGAAUGUUGGAGCAUGCUUGAAGAAAAAGGUUUAUUUUCCUGUCGCCAAGCAA